AUGGGGAGCCGCUGGAGUUGCCAAAAAGCGGGGGAUACCUGUCACCGGGGCACCAAGUCCUGUGGAGUCCAAACCAAGCAGAGCUGCCGAUGGGGAGUUGACAGCUGGAAAGUCCAGAUCCCGGCCUUCUAUCACGGAAAGCAUUGGGAGGGGGUGAGUGCUUCACAGGCAGAGAGAGGAGGGAGCCUGAGGGAGCUGGGACAGCAUUGCCUAUCCCAAGGGGAGUCAAUCCGCACAGUGAAGAGAUUGGGUGGGUCAUCAUAUCCCAGGAAUCCAAAUCUGGCAGAGCUGCAGAUGGAAAGUGGACAGUUAGCCAUCGAGCAAAGAGAGCCUGGGGUAGUGGGCUCACUUUCAGGCACAGGCUGCAUGAUUGCUUCUCAGUUAUAUUGUAGAGAGGAUUCCUAUGUGGAGAUCUACCACCUGAUUAUAAUGGAAACCCAGCAGAAUUUGGUGAGCUUCUUUCCCAUGAAGACCUGGGCUCUGUGCUUCCUUCUCAUGAUCUUCUUGGCCCAGGGAGGAAAAGGGGCUGUUGUCAGACCAUCCUGCAAACUCGAAAAGUCCCUCUUUCAGCAGCGGUUCAUUACCCAACAAAUCAUCUUGCUUGCCAGAGAGGGCAGUUUGUUGGAUAAUGAUACCAGCACUCGAUUCUUAGAGCGUUCCCUAUUCAGCGAUGUGGAAGACAAAGAUCGCUGUUACUUGAUGAAGGGGAUUCUGAGCUUCACUGUGAGGGAUGUGUUGAUGAGUUACCAGGAAAAAUUCCCUCCAUACAUGCAAGAUGUGUUGGCCUUCCUGAAUGGUCUGAAAAGCAAGCUGAACAAAUGUACUAUGAAGGGUGAUGAUAGCCAUAUCCAGAAAAAAAUUGAUAGCAUGAAGAGCCAACUAAAACAGAUGGGAAAGGAUGGAGAGAUAAAAGUAAUUGGUGAGGUGGAUUUGCUGUUCACGUUCCUAGGAAAAUACUGUGUUUAACACUCUCGACAAAAUAGGAAGGAAAAAGGAAAUCCAAGGCUUUGGAAGAUCAAAU